UGUACUCCAUAAUCACCAUACCAUAUAAAAACUGAAAAACUAGAAAGAAACAUGGCAAAGGAACAAAACCACACCUUCUCUAUCUUCUCCAUUACUCCAACAACAAACACACAAAGUAACAACAAAAACAAAAAUAUACACACACAAAGAGAGCAAAAAGUCAUAAGAAUAUGAAGAGUUUAUUUUCAAAACCCAUUUCAAGUCCUAAUCGAGCAGAGAAAUUUCCACCGCCAUUAAUGAGGUUCUUAAGAAGCAAUGUUGGAAGCAAAAGCAGCAGAGCAAGAACACGAGCUAGCCCUAUGUUUAUGCGCAAAAACAAAAACAAUAUCGCUAUUGAAAAAACUCAAGAACCUUCUUCCCCAAAAGUCACUUGUAUAGGUCAAGUUCGUGUUCGCAGAUCCUCCAAUAACACCACAAAAAAACAUCAACAAAUAGAAGAGAAGAAAACCCCAAAAACAACAACAUGCUGCUGUAAAUUCCAAUGCAAAAUCAUUAAAUUACACAGACCCAAAUCGUUGAUUUCAAAUUUGAAGAAAUGGGUUUGUUGUUUCCCAUUUGGGUAUUGUGUAAAAAAAGUCGAAUCAGCUCAAAAAGUUCAAAAAAUUGUUACAACAAAUGCCGAAAUUGCAAUUUCUGAAUCAGAAGAAAAUGAAAAUGGCUAUGCAGAUUCUCAUAUCAAUCCACCGAAAAAUGCUUUGAUUUUGACUCGAUGUAGAUCAGCACCUUAUAGAUCUUCAUCAUUAGCUAGUAAAUUCUGGGGUUCUCCAUUGAACAGUCAAAAUCCCCAAAAUAAUAUUCGAGAACUGGAGGAGGACGAAGAAGAAGAAGAAAAACCUCCUCCAGUUCUCGAAAAACCUAUAAUUGGUGAUUUAGGAUCGAGAAAAAGCCAUGGAAAUGAAGAAAUGCAGAGCUCCGUUAAUGAAGAAAGUAGUAAAGCUUGUGUUCAUCCAUUACUUCUUACAAGAUGUAAAUCAGAUCCAGCAAAAACAGGAGAAAGGCUUAAUCCAAGAAGGUUUAGUGAUACUAAUCCUUUAAGUUGAUUUUUUUAAAAUAAUUUUGAAUUUUUCAUAUUAUUAUUGCAAUAUACUUGUACUAUUUGUUUACAAGAAGUAUAACUAAAACUUGUUCUUA